AGUGAGGCCAGCUUGCGCCGUCUGAUCAGUUUCCCAAAAGAGCCACUGACGCGUUAAAAAAAAUCUCCAUGUGUUGGAAUCUCGCUUUCUAGUAAAAGAGGAACAAAGCGUCGAAGCUGGAUGUAAACACUUUCCUCAAUAAAACGUUUCCCUAUCAGAAGUUUUUGAAGAAGGUUUUUGUUUCUGUUUCAAGAAACUGUUGCCAUGGCUCUAUCCGAGCUAUACACCAAGUACAACAGAGUAUGGAUACCGGAUUCAGAGGAAGUAUGGAAGUCAGCAGAAAUCUUAAAAGACUACAGAGCUGGGGAUAGUGAACUCGAAUUGCAACUUGAAGACGGUACUGAAUUGAAAUAUCCUCUGGACUCACAACUACCUCACCUGCGGAACCCUGACAUCCUAGUGGGAGAGAAUGACCUCACAGCUCUCAGUUACCUCCACGAGCCUGCCGUCCUGCACAACCUCAAAGUUCGCUUUGUGGAAUCAAAAAUCAUCUACACCUAUUGUGGGAUUAUUCUUGUUGCUGUUAACCCAUACAAGCAGCUGCCCAUUUACGGAGAUGCUGUUAUCCAUGCAUAUUCCGGACAGAACAUGGGAGACAUGGACCCCCAUAUAUUCGCUGUGGCAGAGGAAGCGUACAAACAGAUGGCUAGGAACAACAAAAACCAGUCCAUUAUUGUUAGUGGAGAGUCUGGAGCAGGGAAGACUGUUUCUGCAAGAUACACCAUGAGAUAUUUUGCAGUGGUCAGCAAGUCUGGCAGCAAUACACGUGUGGAGGACAAGGUUCUUGCAUCUAACCCAGUAACAGAGGCAUUCGGCAAUGCAAAGACAACCAGAAAUGAUAACAGCAGUCGUUUUGGGAAGUACACAGAGAUCAGCUUUGAUAAGAGGCAUCAAAUCAUUGGAGCAAACAUGAGGACAUACCUUCUGGAGAAAUCCAGAGUAGUUUUUCAGUCAGAGAAUGAGAGGAAUUAUCACAUAUUCUACCAGAUGUGUGCCUCUGCGGACCAGCCAGAAUUUAAGCACCUGAGGCUGAUGAGCGCGGAUGAGUUCAGGUACACCUGCAUGGGGGGCCAGACGGACAUCGACGGUGUGGAUGACAGGGCGGACAUGGCAGAGACACGCAGGACCUUUUCUCUGUUGGGGUUAAAGGAGGACUUUCAGAUGGAUGUCUUCAAGGUUUUGGCUGCGAUUCUGCACUUAGGCAAUGUAGAAAUCAAAGCUGUCGGGAGUGACCAGUCGUCAGUCAGUUCUAAUGACCAGCACCUGGCAGCGGUCAGCGAUCUGCUGGCAGUGAGUGGCGAGAGCUUGUGCCGCUGGCUCUGCCAUCGUAGGAUCGUUCUGAGGGCCGAGACGGUGGUCAAGCCGAUGCCCAGGGAGCACGCCACAAACGCCCGCGAUGCCCUGGCCAAGCAGAUCUACGCCCACCUGUUCGACUGCGUCAUCCACAGCAUCAACUCCGCGCUGCGCGUCCCCGGCAAGCCGCACACCUUCAUCGGAGUGCUGGACAUAUAUGGCUUUGAAACAUUUGAAAUCAACAGUUUUGAGCAGUUUUGCAUCAACUAUGCAAACGAGAAGCUGCAGCAGCAGUUUAACCUGCACGUGUUCAAACUGGAACAAGAGGAAUACAUGAAAGAAGACAUCCCUUGGACGUUGAUUGAUUUCUAUGACAACCAGCCUGUCAUUGACUUGAUUGAAGCCAAGAUGGGUAUACUGGACCUGUUGGAUGAGGAAUGCUUGUUUCCACAGGGCACUGAUCAAAACUGGCUUCAGAAACUUUACAACAACCAUCUGGAUAAGAACACCUUGUUUGAAAAACCCAGGAUGUCAAACGAAGCUUUCGUAAUUAAACAUUUUGCUGAUAAGGUGGAAUAUCAGUGCUGGGGCUUUCUAGAGAAGAACAGAGACACAAUGUAUGAAGAACUAGUCGACAUUAUGAGGGACAGUAAGCUUUUACUGCUGGCAAGCUUUUUCCAAGAGGAAGAGCUCACUACUGCCUUAAACAAGGGCAUCAAAGUUAGGCCUGCCAGACCGAGCCUUAAGCCUACCAACAAACAGCUGAAGACUACUGUGGGCAACAAGUUUCGCAGCUCUCUGUAUUUGCUGAUGGAGACUCUAAAUGCCACGACUCCCCAUUAUGUGCGCUGCAUUAAGCCUAAUGAAGAGAAACAGCCGUUUGAGUACGACUCAAAGAGAGUGGUUCAGCAGCUGCGUGCCUGCGGCGUCCUGGAGACCAUUCAUAUCAGCGCCCAGAGUUACCCCUCAAGGUGGACCUACAUUGAGUUUUACAGCCGGUACAGCAUACUGAUGACACAGCCAGAGCUGGAGAUAAACGACAAAAAACAGACGUGUAAGACGGUGCUACAGAGGCUAAUUCAAGACUGCAACCAGUACAAGUUCGGGAGGACCAAGAUCUUCUUCCGGGCGGGCCAGGUGGCCUACCUGGAGAAGCUGCGGUCAGACCGGCUGAGAGGGGCCUGCAUCACCAUCCAGAAGCAUGUCCGUGGCUGGAGGCAACGCAGGGAGUACCUGCGCAUGCGCCACGCAGCCUUCGUCAUCCAGCAGUAUGUGCGCGGGAGGAAGCGCAUCCGCAAAGCUAUCACGGCUGCUGCCCUGAAGCAGGCCUGGGCAGCCGUAGUGUUCCAGAAGCACUGCCGUGGUUUCUUGGUGCGCCGCGUCUUCCUGUUGCUGCAGGUCGCCACGGUGACCAUUCAGGCCUUCACAAGGGGAUGGUUGGCUCGUAGAGACUACAGAAAGAUGGUGGCAGAGCAGAAGGCUCUGAUCCUGCAGAAGUACGCCCGGGCCUGGCUGGCCAGGCGGCGCUUCCAGACGAUCCGACGGCUGAUUCUGAAUGUGCAACUGUCCUACAGGGUCCAGCAGCUGAGGAAGAAGCUGGAAGAGAAGAGUAAAGAGUAUAAUGGCCUCCUGGAGAGGUUGACAGGCUUGGCCACUUCCCAUGCUAAUGGCAUGGACAAGCUUCAGAGGCUGGAGGCGGAGCUUAGCAGAUCAGCCAAAGAGAAGACAUCUCUGGAAGAAAGAGAGAAGAAGUCCAAGGAGGAUGCUAACCAGGCAAUCAGUCAGCUUCAAGCUCAAAAUCACAGCCUUUUGCAAGAAAAACAGGACCUGGAGAAGAAAUUCUCUGAUUCAGCUAAGGAAAUGAAAGAAAACUUUGAUAAUUUAAAGAAAAAACUCCAAGAGGAUCUAGAAAGAGAAGAAAGACAAAGAAAGAUUGUGGAGAAUAACUUUGAAAUCCAGAAGGAGGACUAUGAAAAACAUAUACAGGCCUUGAAAGAGGAGAACAGACGACUGAGAGAGGAGAAGAUCGCUCUCCAGCAGCAGAUUGAAGAAGCGGGCCAGGUCAAUGAUGACAUACAAGCGCAGAUGAUGCAGCUCACAAAGCACGUCAAGGUUAUACCAGAGUUGCGGAAAGAGAUCCACACUCUGCAGCUCCAGAGAGCUGAGCUGGACAGAAAAAUGAAGGAACAAACACUGGAAGUCCAAGUGAAAAUGACUGAGGUUACAAGACAGCUCCUAGGUGGUGUACAGGAAGAGAUGCACAUUUCCAGUUUAAAUGAAAAUGGUCUUGAGCAGAUUAAUGAAGAUGAGACAUUGUUCUCUGCUUUUGCCGACCUGGGGAAAGCUGCAAGGAUGGUUGAGAGCCACUCUCAGGCAGAGAGAGAGCGCUACGUAAGUGAGAUGGAGAGCCUGAAGUAUAAAGCAGAGCACCUGGAAAGCGAGAACAGCCAGCUGCAGAAGCUCUUCCAGGAGGAAAACAGCACUAACGACAACAUCCGAAUGGAGGUCACCAGGCUGACUUCUGAGAACUUGGUGAUCCCCCAGCUGAAGCAGCAGGUGUCAGAGCUGCAGAUGCAGAAGGGGGAGCUGGAGACCCGUCUGAAUGCACAGGGCACAAAGAUGAAAGAAAAAAUGGAUGAAAUUUCGACUGAGCUCAACAGUACUCUGAAUGAGGAACUGGACAAGCGUAGGUUGUUGGAGCGGCAAAAGGCAGACUAUGAGAGGGAGAAAGAGGAGAUGGAGAGGAGGAUAGAGGACAUGGAAGAGGAGAAUAAGCAACUGAAGAAACAGCACCAGACAGAGAGCGAGGCCAAGAUCCGGAUGAGGCAGGAGGCUUCGCGACUGAUUGCAGAGAACAUGGACUUUGAGGAACAGCUUGACUUGAAGGACCGGAUGAUAAGGAAACUACAAAAGCAGAUCAAAGCCCUAAGGGCAUCAGAGAUUGCCAAUCAAAUCCCAGCAGCUGCUGUCCCAAAAGAGUACCUCGGAAUGCUGGAAUACAAGAGAGACGAUGAAUCCAAGCUUAUUCAAAAUAUUAUUCUAGACUUAAAGCCACGGGGGGUGGUGGUCAGCAUGAUUCCUGGCCUGGUUGCCCAUAUUCUCUUCAUGUGCAUUCGUCACGCCGACUACCUUAGUGAUGAUGGCAAACUCAAGUCGCUCAUGAAUGCUAUAGUUGGUGGUAUUAAACAGGUCGUUACGGACCACCGGGAAGACUUUGAGAUGCUGUCCUUCUGGCUGGCUAAUACGUACCACCUGAUCAACUCUCUGAAGCAAUACAGUGGGGAGGAGGAAUUCUUGAAACACAACACCCCUCGUCAGAACAAAAACUGCCUGCAGCAUUUCGACCUGUCCGAACACAGACAGAUCUUCAGUGACCUCGCCAUCCGCAUCUACCACCAGUUCAUUACUGUCAUUGAGAAAAACCUCAUUCCUAUGAUAGUGCCUGGGAUGCUUGAGCAUGAAAGCCUGCAGGGAAUCUCCAGCAUGAAGCCCACGGGAUUCCGCAAGCGUUCUUCCAGCACCUACGAGGACACAGAGGCCUACACCAUCUCCUCUAUCUUACAGCAGCUCAGCUACUUCCACUCCACCAUGAGCCAGCAUGGAACGGACCCUGAGCUCAUCAAGCAGGUGGUCAAGCAGCAGUUCUUUCUUGUGGGGGCGUCCACGCUCAACAAUAUCCUGCUGCGCAAGGACAUGUGCUCCUGCAGGAAGGGCAUGCAGAUCAGGUGUAACAUUAGUUAUCUGGAGGAGUGGCUAAAGGAGAAAGAUUUGCAGCACUCCAACGCCAUGGACACCAUGGAGCCACUGUCCCAGGUUGCCUGGCUUCUCCAGGUCAACAAGUCCACCGAUGAGGAUGCCAAGGAAAUCUCCACAAAGUGUACUGAGCUCAACGCUGUGCAGAUUAUCAAGAUUUUGAACUCUUACACACCCAUAGAUGAUUUUGAGAAAAGAGUGUCACCGUCUUUCGUUCGGAAGGUUCAGUCAUUACUACAGGGUCGUGGAGGAUCCACACAGCUGAUGCUGGAUGCUCAGUACCACUUCCAGGUCACCUUCCCAUUUAGCCCCUCCCCUCAAGCCCUGGAACUGGUCCAGGUUCCCAGCAGCCUCAAACUGGGCUUCCUCACCAAGAUCUGAUAUCCACACUCACCCACCCAUUAAUCAGUCAGUGCUGGGCUCAUUUUAAAGCUAAGUGUUUGGUCCUAAAUCAUGGAUUAGCAAUACAUAUUUCUGUAUAUAAAGUGAUCAGAUGUAUGGAGGAUGUCUUUGUAAAAAUCAUAAUUGUUUUUAAAUCUAAUGUAAAAUGUUUUACAAAAAUGCAUUGAGAGAUGUUCAUGCUUCACUGCCUUUAAGUGCUGAUCAGUCAGUGUUAAUUUCACUCCAGAUUGUUUUUACUUAUCAUUAGUAAUUUUGUAAGGAUGAAUUAUAAUUGUGUACUCUGUGAUUGAGAUGGAGGGGAUCAUGAUCACGAUCAUCACUGUCUUUGUUAGAAUUGUAAACAAUUUGAUUUCCAGGACUGUGACAUAGAAUUAAAAAAGGAUUGUGGUGUCCUUUUUUAAUUCUGUGUAUACAAAAUGCAUCAACCUUCCCUGUGUAAUACUGUAGGAAGUUUUCAUUGUCAUAUGGUUGCACAUGUGAACAUUCAAAUGUAAUAUUCACAACAACUAAGGUCAAAUCUCUUCCUGUAUUGCUAGUCACAACAUUCUCUUUCUUUUAACAUUGAAUAACUGUGUGAACAUGUUUCAGAUAUAGUUUAAAACCCCACUAACACACUGAAAGUAUUCUAAUGUACAGCGUGGCAAUGUAUAAACUACAUACAGUAGAUGUAAAUAUUAGAUGUAUAGACUAUUCAUAAAAAAUAAAAAAAUGAUCCAAAUAUUUUAAUAUAAUGUUUCAAUAACCUUUAGUUGUAUCUUUUGUUACACCGUAACUAAAAUAACAUUUCAUCUCAAAGCGUUCAUUUAUAUUUAAAUAUCUUAAAUUGUUUGUUGAUUCUGUGAAGUCAUAUAAUUUCCUGUCAUCUUUGAUGUGAUUGAUACCAUGUUGUUUUAGCGAUGCGUUGCACUUCUGUUCAUUUACUCCGUUUAUGUAACCCCAAAUAGUCACAGUCUCAAUAUCUCGGCAUUUGAAAUGAAGUACAGUAUUUAAAGUCAAAGGCUGAAACAAAAGUAUGCUCGACAUUUUAUAGUUCUUAUGAGAAGAUGCUAUUUUUGUCAGUUGACCCUAUAACCUACACUAAUGCCAAGGCAAUGCAAAAACUUUAAUGCUUCUCUAAGUAGCUUACAGUUUCAGUACCACAGGUUCAAUCUGCUUUCCCUGUCAGACACAGCACAGGCUUCUGUGAGUGUAGGUCCACUAAAGCAUCUUCUAAGGUAUGGGCUUUAUUUUACUUUUGUUUAAUGUAUGGGUCUGUCUGGAUUGAAUUGUAAUGCUGUUAUUGAGGCUUCCAUUUAAUGUGUGACACUUGACGAUGAAGGUUGAGAUUAGUCUGUUUGAUAGCUAGAUAUAACGCAAGACUUGUUUACUUUCUUGAGAAAUGUGUGAAUGUGUUUCAGUUCAUUUUAAUUCACUUUAAGAUUUUUGUCCAGCUAAAGUAAAUCCACUGAGAUGCAUGUACUGCAUAGAGCUGGCUGUAGAAACAGGCCUGUUCAACAUCUGUUUAGGCUGUCAAGACAGUGUUCAUAGAAUAAAGCA